AUCGCCGCGGGGCCUUGAGAGUGGAAGAGUGGGUAGACUCCGGGAGUGUCUGGGGUAUUUUUGUAGCCAAUUUUGCAAACAGUUUUUAAGUACUUUGUAGCUGUCUCAAUGACAUUGGAUUUAGAAUUUCAGUAAAGUACAGCAAUGGCUGCUGUUUAUUCUGGCAUUUCUCUUAAGCUUAAAAGCAAGACAACUUCCUGGGAAGAUAAACUAAAACUAGCUCACUUUGCUUGGAUUUCUCACCAGUGCGUUCUUCCAAAUAAAGAACAAGUAUUACUAGAUUGGGCAAGACAGUCAUUGGUUGCAUUUUAUAAGAAAAAACUUGAACUGAAGGAAGACAUUGUUGAAAGGCUUUGGAUCUAUAUAGAUAACAUUCUGCAUAGCAGAAAAUUACAGGAUCUCCUCAAGAAUGGAAAGACAAUUAACCUCCAGAUUUCUCUCAUCAAGAUCCUCAAUGAGAGAGCAGCUGAGUUCUCCCUUUCGGGAUCCCAGAGAAACAUCGGUGCUGUGCUGAGCUGCUGCCAGGGUAUCCUCUCGACGCCUGCCCUUGCUGUCAUCUACACGGCCAGACAGGAGCUGGUGGUUGACCUUCUGAGCCAGCUCUGCUGGUCAGCCUGUAGGCAGCCAGAAGCAGCCAUGAUACCCCAGUUAUUUGAGGUCAUUCACCUGACCCUUGGACAUUACCUCUCUAUUCAGCAGCAGCAGGUCAACCCGAGACGCGCGUUUGGGGAGGUGACUGGGCACCUGCUCCAGCCCUGCCUGGUCCUGAGACAUUUGCUCUUAGGGGGCACAUGGACACAGGCUGGCCAGGGCCAGCUGCGGCCGGCCCUAGGUCGGGAUGUUAGGAAUCAGAUUGAGGCCAUGCUUCGAGGUGGAGUUUUUCAGCCGGAGCUUCUCUCUUCCUACAAAGAGGAGCUCCUGGAGCAGCAGCAAAGUGACACAAAGAUGGGGGCCAUGAAGAACCUUCUCACGCCCAUGGGCACUGUGACUGCUGGGCUGGUUGACCCUGGCUACUGUGAACCGGCCCUUCAUGCUGCUGUUGUAGCCAGCUCGGUGGCCUUGCUGUACAAGCUCUUCAUCGAUGCUUACCUCAGAGGGAACCAGCUGCUCUGCUUCAAGGCACUCCCUAGGCUGUUUGGUUGCUUAAGGGUUUCCCAGCUGCAGGAAAAGCAGAUAAAAGUGCUGUCUGCUUCCGACUGGACCACAGAACUCCUGGUUCUGGAACAGCUGCUCAACUCAGUGGCCAGUAAUAACAUCUACAACAUUGCAGCUGAUAAGAUCCGACAUGGGGAGGCUCAGUUCCACUUUUACCGCCACUUGGCCGAGCUGCUGAUAAACCAUUCCCAAGCACCCGUGCCAGCCUGGUUCCGCUGCCUCAGAGUUCUGAUGUCUCUGAAUCAUUUGAUUCUGGAGCCAGACCUGGACGACCUGUUGGCUUCGGCAUGGGUCGACGCAGAGGUCAUGGAGUGUCGAACCAAGAAAGCCCAGGAAGUGCUGGUUCACACGCUUUUCCAGACAUACGCCAGGCUCCGGCAGGCACCCCGGCUGUUCCAGGAGCUGCUGGGGGUGAUGUGUCGCCCUGCAGCUGAGGCACUGAGGCAGCCCAUGCUGGCCGUAGGCCCCUGCACCGCGCUCCGUGAGUGCCUCCUGGAGCUGCCUCCUAGUCAGGUCCUAGACACAUGGGACCUCGUGCUGGAGAGGUUCCAGGCUCUGGUACUGCCUCACUUGAGAGGUGAUGCUGAUAUGGCCUGGAAGUCCCUGUCACUGAGCUCACUGCUGCACUGUGUCAUGGUCCACGCACGGGUCCUGGACAGCAGCGCACCCCUGCCCGUGGUUAGGCGGUUGCAGCGCACCAUGGAGGGGAUGCUGCAGGAUCUUGUGAAGCCCUUGCUGGACCUUCUCCAGGAGCCCCAGUGCUCGGCCCCUGAGCUCUGGUGCCAGAAGGUCAGUGACUCUGCACUCCUGUUAGCCCAUACCUGGGCCCAGGUGGACACUGUGCUGGGUUUAAGCUGCAGCCACUAUCAUGCCGCUGCAGAGCCCUCGAGCCUCCCUUCACUUCUCCCAGGCGUGGAGAGCCAAUGCUGGAAGAAGGUAGAAGAGUUUACUGUGCAGUUCAAGUCCCUGGGCAGGUAUUGCUUCGAGCAGCUCCACCUGCAGAAAAUGAAGAAGACAUUAAUGCAAAUGAGCUUCCAGUCGGCUGAGGCCCUCCACGCCCUGAGGCAGGAUGCUGCCUACAUCCUGGACUCUGGGAGAGCGAGCCUGACCCUGGGGACAGCGGCUUCCUGGGACGGUCAGGUGGGGACUGUGAGUGCACUCACCUACCCCGUCGCACAUUGGCACUUGGUUGUGUCCAAUCUCCCGAUUUUAAUAUCCUAUCUUUGUCCUGAUGACGUGAGAUAUGUGGCCAGCAUCCUGCUGAGAACUUUACCAGUGAGCAAAGCCCAGGAAGACUUGGCAGAGGAAGAGGCAGACCUCACACUUGGGAAAAUAUCCCAGGCUGUUCUUCACAGCCCCCUGUUCCCAGAGAUGCAGUCCCUCCAUUCUGCUUUCUUUCUGUGCCUUGCUGCGCGCUGUAGUAGUGUCCUGCGUUCCAGUGCCCAGGAGAAUCCGACUCUUCUCCGCCAGCAGCUUCCUUGGCUCUUUGAAGAGGACCACGUGGUGGUGGCUCCCUGGGAAGACAGAUUCUCAAAAGUCGUAUCUGAAGGUGCAGAACUGAGAGGAGAAAUUGCCCACAACUUACUGUCCUUGGUCAGGGGUGACCUCUGCAUUCAGCUGGAGGGAGAACAGUUAGAGCGCCUCCUGGGGCUUUUGGAAGUUGUUUCUUCUCUGCAGCUAGACAGCCUCUCGCCUCCUGAUCACAUGCAUUGUUUUCUUCUGCUGCUGUCCACAGCCGUCACCACACUGGGCAGCUCCUGCCCCUCCUCCCUGGCCCUGAGGUUUUUGGUGACUUGCUACCAGCUUCUUGGUUACCUGCAGAGAGGGAAGAGUGCCCAGUCAGCGCUCAGGACCAUGUAUGUCAGUGAUGUCUUUGAGGUCACACUGACCUCCCUGUUCAGAGGCAGCAGGAGGCUUCUUGUGGACAUGGAUGAUCCGUCUUGGCUGGAAUUCCUGCAAGUGAUAGGGACAUUCUUAGAACACUUACUGCAGAUGCUUAUCCAGCGGAAGCUCAGCCCAGGGCUCAAUUUUGGGAAAAUCAUUGCAUUCCUCUCAAGAGACGACCUGUGCACUGAAGCGACUUCAGGCAAACAGGGGGAAAGCCAGAAUCCUCUGGGCCAGCAGCUCCUUCUCGUGUCUUUAACCAGGUUGUGCCAGGUGCUGGGACCUUUAGUCAGGGAGCAGCGGCAGCACGACGAGGCCCUGGAGGCACUGCCUGAGCUGUUGCAGCAGGCCGUGCUCCAGACGGGGGCCGUGCUCCAGCUCUGUGUGGCCGGCAGGGCCCAGGGCCGGCGCCUCCCCUCCACCAUCAUUGCCUCGGUCAGUGCGCUCUUAGAAGCCGACGUGGCCCAGCGUUCCACGUGCAGCGGGGCAGAGGUCCCCCGAGUGACUGACGGAAUGCUGCUCCCCAACAGUGCCCUCUACCAGACCGUUUACUCUCAGAUCCUGUCGGAGUUGCCAGCCCUGGCAGGAGACACCCUCUCUCUCCAAGCUGCCGUGCAGUUUUUAACUCUGUUCUCUUUGGCCCCAGAAUUACAUCCCAAGAAGGAAUCUGUGUUUACCUCCGUGUUUCAUUCUGUGAGAAAAGUCCUUGCAGAUCCUACAAUUCCGGUUCAGGUAGUUGAGGAUAUUGAGCCUCAUUUGGGAGCCUUGUUCACCCAGAUGUUAGACGUUGGGACAACAGAGGACUUCAGGCUGGCACUGCAGCAUAUUCUCCAAGGACUUGACGUCAGUAACACCUGGAAAGCAGAUCAGCAGGUUGUCCUGUCAGCUGUGACACUGAUCAAGCUGCUCCUGAGCUGCACACUCAGUGGAGAGAAGGCCGGAUUGUUCUGGCGAGCAUGCCCACAGAUGAUCACCGCUCUGACUCUGCAGACCCGAGAGGCUUGUCAGGAGCAGCCUGCAGCCCUGGUGGUGGUGGGGCCUGUCUUAGAUGUUCUGGCUGGGCUGCUGCGGCAGGGAGAGGGGGCCAUUGGCAACCCGCACCACGUCAGUCUGGCCUUCGGCAUCCUGCUGACCGUGCCCUUGGACCACCUGAAGCCCCCCGAGUAUGGGCGCAUCUUCCCACGGGUGCACAAUGUGCUCUUCUCGGUCCUGCAGUGUCACCCAAAGGUCAUGCUGAAAGCCAUCCCUUCUUUCUUGAACUGUUUUAACAGAUUGGUGUUUUCAGUUAUACAUGAAGGCCGACAAAAAGACAAAGGAGGCCCGGAUGACCUGCCAGUGGUCCUGGAGUGUGCCCGCCUGGUACAGAGGAUGUACAGUCACGUGGCAGCGCGGGCCGAGGAGUUCAGGGUGUUCUCCCCCUUCAUGGUGGCCCAAUACGUGACAGAGGUACAGAAGGUCACCCUAUAUCCAUCAGUGAAGGGCCUCCUGCAGGAGGGCAUCUACCUCGUCUUGGACCUCUGCCUGGAGAGGGACAUCCAGUUCCUGCGGGUCUCCCUGCAGCCCGGCGUGAGGGAUGUCUUCAAGGAGCUGUAUGGUGAUUAUGUGAAGUACCACAAAGCGAAACAUGAAGGCGAGAAGAGAUACACUGUUUAAGGCUGCACGGUGGCGGUGCUGCUCAGGUGCCUGGGAGUGGCUGAGGCCAGGCUCUGAAAGUUGGAGGAUGAAAGACUGCUGGUGGGAGUUCCUGCAGUGGUGCACUGGGUUAAUGAUCAGCCUUGUCUCUGUGGAGGUGUUGGUUUGAUUCCUGGCCCAGCGCAGUGGGUUAAGGAUCUGGUGUUGCUGCAGCUGCACAGGUUGCAGCUCCAGCUUGGAUUUGAUCCCUGGCCCAGGAACUUCCAAAUGCUAUGGAGGCAACUAAAAAAAAAAAAAGAGUUCAGGUGCUUUAACUGAUAGUGUUGAAAUAUGUGGACAGUCCUUUUGGGUUUAUAUAAUAUAUGUUGCAUUGUACAGCUAUGUUUUUCACUGAAUAUUUUUUAACAUUUCUUUUAUGUAAUAAAUAUUGCAAUAGAAUCCUAAAAAUCGCUCCUGGAAUGAGGUGAAUUCAAUAAAAAUUUCUGAGUCUAUUUCAAA